AUGCAAACCCUCCUCUUACAUCAACCCACAUUCCCUUAUCCGUCUUUGACAAGGUCACCCACGACCAACACGUGGCCGUUAUUUACGCCUACCAUCCCCCAACCCCACCCAACUCUAUUAUCGAUCUACCGCGAGUGGGCUGAAAGGCUUGGAAAGGACACCAACGGCGAGCCCGUUAUAUUUCUCAAUGACGAGGAUGUUCGGUUCGUGGAAGCGUCGGUCGACCAUGCUCUGGACGAGAUAAGCUUCUCCAGGCCUAAGUCACACGGUUCUCAUGUGGGUCCAUGGCAGUGGGCUUCACAACCCACCAUCUGGUGGCUGACGGGCAUGCGACCAGCAACUUCCUGGUCGCAUAGGGUCGUGCAUGCCGUGGUCUUAGGAAGUUGCAGGAGACGUUUCAUGGUCGCACGAUGUUCGUCCCUCAAUCGGAAUCCACCCAAGAUCGAUUUCGAGCACAUCGGGGUGGAAUGCGUAACUAAAAAUUACAAGAAGGUGUACCCCUUGAUCGACAAUAGUUUAGACGUUAUUGUGAUCCACAAAGUGCACUAUAGUGCAGAGUUUCUUUCUAAGCUCAAGGCUAGGGCUUUUUCAAUGAACAAGACUAGUUGCAAACCCUUUAGCACGUUUGAGAGCCUCGUAGCACAUCUUUGGAGAUCCAUAACCAAGGCGCGCGGCUUGAGCGGGUUUAAGACCACCAAGUUAAGGUUUCCAGCCAAGGUUGAGGAUCUCUUGAUAGAGCCACUUUCCUAUGCAGCUACGGUUUUGCACGAGGCAGUCGUAGAGGUGGACGACAAGUAUUUCAAGUCCUUUAUCGACUUUGCGAACCAUAAGGUUAGACAAGAGGACCUCAUCUCGAAUGCAGUUUCUGACACGGAUGAGUUUCAGUUUCUGACACGGAUGAAUCGAUAUUGUGACCUUGAUUUCGGAUGCGGGAGCCCCUUCACUUUCAUGCCUCCCUUUUCUCCAAUAGAGGGGAUGAUCUUUCUUCUCCCUUCCAUCAGUGGAGAUGGAACGAUUUUUAACUUGAGAUAUCAGAUUUGCGGUGCAUUUGAUUCGCCGAUGGCGGAGGAGGAGGCGGCUGCCGACCGGAAUUGCGCCGAUCUUAGCGACACGAGCGACUAUACAUCAGAGGAUGAGGGAACAGAGGACUACAGAAGGGGAGGAUAUCACGCCGUGCGGAUCGGCGACACAUUCAAGCAUGGAAGAUAUGUUGUUCAGAGCAAGCUCGGCUGGGGCCAUUUCUCCACUGUCUGGCUAGCCUGGGACACGCAUAAAUCUAUGUAUGUAGCUCUGAAAAUUCAAAAGAGCGCCCAACACUACACAGAAGCAGCCAUGGAUGAGAUCACAAUUUUAAAGCAGAUUGCCGAGGGUGAUCCGGAUGACAAGAAAUGUGUCGUGAAGCUUCUGGACAACUUUAAGCAUUCUGGGCCUAACGGACAGCAUGUCUGUAUGGUAUUUGAGUACUUGGGAGAUAAUCUCUUGACACUAAUUAAGUACUCGGGCUACCGUGGUGUUCCCCUUCACAUGGUCAGAGAAAUUUGCUUCCAUAUUCUAGUUGGAUUGGAUUAUUUGCACCGCCAUCUGUCAAUCAUACAUACUGAUUUGAAGCCAGAGAACAUAUUGCUUCUGUCUAUGAUGGAUCCAUCUAAAGAUCCUAGAAAGUCGGGAGCACCCCUUAUUUUAGCAUCCAACAAGGACAAGAUUGCAUUGGAGCCCGAGACUUCUAAAGAUAUUAAGGGUUCACAUAGUGGACUUACUAAGAACCAGAAAAAGAAAUUCAGGAAAAAGGCUAAGAGAGCAGCUCAGAAGUGUACUGGGAAUGAAGCUUCUGAAGAAGCCGAGCCAGACAAUGAGACAAGUGAUCCCGAAGAAUCUCAAAAGGAUGGUAAAUCCAGACGGGAGCCUCUUGAAGAGAAAAGCAAAGCUUCGAGCGAUGAUGGAGCAAAGGCUGCUUCUGAGUGUACGAAGGCCAAUAGGAGAGUUGAUCGAACUGCAAAGCAGAAGCUGCUGGCCGAAGUUGACCUAAAAUGCAAAUUAGUGGAUUUUGGGAAUGCAUGUUGGACGUACAAACAAUUCACAAGCGACAUCCAGACGAGGCAGUACAGAUGUCCAGAGGUUAUAUUGGGGUCAAAAUACUCAACAUCAGCUGAUAUGUGGUCACUUGCUUGUAUUUGCUUUGAGCUGGCCACUGGAGAUGUUCUUUUCGAUCCGCAUAGUGGUGAAAACUAUGACCGAGAUGAGGAUCAUUUGGCCCUAAUGAUGGAGCUUCUAGGAAUGAUGCCACGCAAGGUUGCAUUGGGUGGGCGUUACUCACGUGAAUUCUUCAAUAGAUUUGGAGAUCUCAGACACAUCAAAAGAUUAAGAUUUUGGCCUCUCAGCAAAGUCCUUAAGGAAAAAUAUGAGUUCAACGAACAAGACGCAAAUGAGAUGGCGGAUUUCCUUGUUCAGAUUCUAGAUUUCGUGCCUGAUAAAAGACCGUCCGCCGCACAAUGUCUUAAUCACCCUUGGAUUGUUGGAGGUCCACGCCAAAGUGUCCCUUCUGUGUCUCAACAAGUGAAGGUAAUCGAAAAUGGUUUGAGUGAAAAGGAUGAGAGAGAGGCAAUGGAAGUCGGUGUAGGGAACAUGGCUAUUGGUGGGGCGGUAAAAUCUGCCCAAGAUUCGAAAAUAUUAUCGAGCCAUUCAAAGCAAUGAUAAAGCUGCUGGGUUUUUGGUACCAUCUUUGACUAAUGUUUUUAGUCCCCAACAUGUUUUCAACAUUUGGCUCGCAAGUGGAGCAUGAGUUGACUGUUGGCAUUUCGUUGCUUCUUUAUUUUUUUCUCCAUUGUUCUCUUGGUAUAAUAUGUGUCCAAAUUCUCAUGACUUGUAGUUGGAUGCUGAAAUUUAUCUGUUGGUGUUCUGAUGGAACUUCUGUGUAUUGUUGUAACGGUAUCCUGAAUUCCUGACCAGCCGCAAAACGGGGUAAGUGAUAUUUGCUUGCUGUGCUGUGGUCAGGUAGUUCUAGUUGGCCUUGUGGUGUUUUUCUCGUGCUUGUUUUGUUUUACGUAAUUCUAGUAUUUUUCAUGUUAUUUUUUUUUUCUUUUUUCUUUUUUUCGGCUUCUCAUUAAA